CCUUUCGAAACGUGACAUCGGGGUGAACGUUCCCGCCGUUUUCAACGAGCCAGGCUCUGAAUGCUUGCACAGCCUCUGGCUCGUUCGUUGAAGCCAUCUUCUUUACAGCUUAUUGAAUACUAUAUUGCGCCCACGUAUUAAAAGCCUUCGGUGCACGGAGGAAGCCUGAUUCAAGCAUGCUCAGCUCACCAAAGGGUUUGGGCACAAGCCAACAUAUUAGGCGCCCUCCGCCACAAACACGUUCCAUUACUAGUGUUAGCACAUUCAACGUUCAACGUUCAACGUUCAACAUUCAACUUCAAGACGUGUCGCUCGUUGACUCGCAAUCAAUAUUCAGCGUCCAGCCACGGCAACCACUCACCACUCUCUGUCUCGUUGCGUCAGUCAGACAGUUCAAUUGCACUGAAAACUCUGAACAAAAACCCGGCUCAUUCUUUCACGCCGGUUUCAUCUGCUUUCCCACAUCAUCUGUCUGUGCUGCUAACAUUCUCGAGCUGUCUACCGGCGUACGUGGAAAUCCUUGCACGACGAUAUCGAAGAAAACGACGCCACGGCGACUUCUGGACUCCGAGCGUCGCACCGACCGGGGAGAGCUCAGUUGUUGCUCUACGUACACGACACUUAGCACAACGCUCUUAUCUGGAAAUAUCAGGUACAUGCCAAACUGAUUAGCCAUCCACAUGGGAGCCCGCAGGUAUAAGAGGAACGAAAAUGCAUCGCCG